CCUGGUUUUCCCGAGACUACUACCAAGCGCGCGCUUCGAAAUUGAGUUGUCCUCGUUGAUAUACCUCCAUUUACAGGAAACAAUCCGCUUUUGGACUACAAAUUGGAAUAUUUAAUCACUCAGGAAGAUAUAAAAGUUGUUUUCAUUCACUGGUUGACAAUCUGAGUAGCGAUUCCGACAAAAACGGAAUCAAUCCACGUUAGGACCGCUGUGCGUUGCUUAGGCAGCAAACACACAUUCAUUCAUUCGUCAACAUAGGACCUGUGGAAAAGUUACUGGAUCCAUGCGAAGUUGUUUACUCUAACGGUUAGAAGUAAAGUUGCAAUUUCGGAGUAAUUUCAGACUUAUGUCACGUCAAUUAACCUUUGUAACUGGUAACCCAAACAAAUUAACUGAAUUCCUCAAAAUUAUUGGCGAGGAAUUCGUUGGAAAAAUAAAAACUGUUGAUCUAGAUUUACCUGAAGUUCAAGGUAGUAUUGAGGAAGUGAGUAGACAAAAAUGUAUAGCUGCUUUUAAUAUCAUCAAUGGACCCGUUCUAAUUGAAGAUACGGCACUUUGUUUUAAAGCAUUGAAUGGAAUGCCUGGACCUUUUAUUAAAUGGUUUGUAAAGGCGGUUGGUCCUGAAGGACUACCUCGUAUGUUGACUGACUUCAAUGAUUAUCGUGCAGAGGCUGUAUGCACUUUUGCCUAUUGUGAUAGCCUUGAAAAACCGGUGCAACUGUUUGCUGGUAUCACUCCAGGUUGUAUUGUCUCUCCUCGUGGACCACGUGAUUUUGGAUGGGAUUGCAUAUUUCAACCGGAUAAUUUUGAACAAACUUAUGCUGAAAUGGACAAAUCUAUCAAAAAUUCUAUAUCACAUCGGCAUAAAGCGUUGGAAAAAGUGAAAUUCUUCCUGUUGGAGCAUGAGAUUUGAUUAAAUUAGUAUUUUUUCAGUAUCGAACAAAAACAAACUAAUGAAAGGACUGUCGAUUUUUUGAGCCAAUUAUUUUGUAUAUUUAAAUUGCGCUACUUUUUUUAAUUUUGGUAAUAUAGAUAUUUCUGAUUUUUCUUUUAAUUCAAAA